AUGAGUAGUAUCGAUGAACAGGAACGGAGACAUAGUAGUUCUUCUUCGUCCUCCAUAUCCCUUAGGCCAAGUGGAAUUUUGGAAAAAGAACCAGUAGUAGAUUCUGUGGAGGUGUCACCCUUUCCCGCUUUCGAAUGUUUCGCAUCACAUAUAUCUAGUUCAAACGGUAUCCAGAACUUCGAGAACUCGGUCCGGGUCGGCGACCGAAUAGUGGUGAAAGUGAAAAAGUUUGACGCAGCAGGAGCUUAUUUGAAAGCUAUUUGUUAUUACAAAAGAAUUAAACGUGAUCUAGAAUGGCUUGACUAUCAGCUCUUAGCUCCAUUGCAUGCCUUAAGUCGUCGACUUUCCAUAGGCGAGUACAGACUAGUCAAUGUAACGUCAGUCUCUCCCGUAAAAGUAGAACUGCUUGAGGUUCCUCCUUUAACUUUCAAUGAUCUCCCCGAAUACUUCAGGCUAGGAAGUGAAUUACCGAGUAAAUCAAACUUCUGGAAGUAUUGUCCCGCUAUGAAACAGUAUAAGAACCAUUAUAUUCCUAAUACAUUAGGAUUUCCCACGAAAUCAAAGCUAACAUUCCUACCAUUAGACAAUUUCGAAGAGGACUGUACGGAAACAGCUAGUCUCAUGAGGAAAUUCCAAGAUGAAGAGUUAGCAACAUACCAUGUAGUCCAAGGAGUUGAUUUAAUGAAGGAACCCAAUUAUGCUGCUGCUAUAUUCGAGUUCAAUAGAGCUAUACAAAUCUAUCCCAAGUGUACAGAUGCUUACGUAGCGAAAGGAGCCGCAUUAUCCAAUCAGAAGAAUUAUGAAGCUGCUGAAAAGGAGUUGGAAAAGGCGUUGGAAAUCAAUCCUGAUCAUGUGAACGCCAAAACAUACUUAGUUGAGACAUUGAUGAAAAUCGCUGCCAGUCAUACCGAAAAGAAAGAUGUGGAAAAAGCUCGAGCGUCCUAUGAGAAAGUUCUAACAAUAAAAGCUGACAAAAGAGCCAAAGAAGCUCUGGAUAGCCUAAAUAGGAAGAAAGACAGCCCAGAAGCUAAAAGAAGACGAUCAAGUGAGUCGUCGAAAAAGAAAAUUCUGACACCAGCCGAGAUCAAAGCAGCCAGAGAGCAGAGAGAGAAAGAGAAGAAGAAAUUGGAAGAGAUGGAAGCAUUCAUUGCCUCUUUAAAAAACGGGAAAUGA